UCUCCUUCCGUUGCCUCCGCUUCGCCUUUUCCCGUUCCGUCCAAAUAAAACGCUCGAGCUACCAAACCCUAGGUAGCGCUCGUUUCGAUCCGAUUCGAGUCGAUCUCAGUUGGGUGCGAGAUUGGACUGGAGGGGGAUGACGAUACCUAGUGCCGAGGGAUUCCUCCCGGCGGCGAGCUGCCUGCCGUGCACCGCGGAGGAGGAAAGGGCGGCCGUCGACGCACUCACGCGGGAGGCCGACGCGAAUGUCAAAGACGGCGAUCUCCGCUAUCUCAUCUCACAAAGCUGGUGGACCAACUGGCAAUCUUAUGUGGGCUUACUCAGUUAUGGGGAGAAUGACACUGACAUUCCUCUUCAACCUGCAAGUAGACCUGGAGAGAUUGAUAACAGAAAGCUUGUUUUGGAGGAAACUAGCAGUGGCAGUGAAGAUACAGAGCUCCAAAGAACCUUAAGAGAAGGGGAGGACUACACUUUGGUGCCACAAGAUGUCUGGAGAAAACUAUAUGACUGGUAUAAAGGUGGACCAGAGAUAUCUAGGAAAGUGAUAUGUGAGGAUCCAACUUCCAGGAGAUACAUAGUCGAUGUCUAUCCCCUUCAUUUGACACUAAUUGAUGAAAGAGAUAACUCUGCGCGGACCAUCAAACUAAGUAGGAAGGCCAAAGUUAGUGAGCUUUAUAGAUUGGUUUGCUCACUUUUGUCUGUGGAGCAGUCCAAGGUUCACAUCUGGGAUCAUUACCAAAAGUUGAAGAACAAAAAGUUGACCAAUCGCAAUGAGACACUCGAGGAAGCUCAACUUCUGAUGGAUCAAGAGAUUCUCUUGGAGGUUAGUGCAGAUGAUAUCUGGUCUUCCGAUCAUUGUACAAGAUCUACCAGCAAUGAAUUAGCAUUACUUCCACUGGAACCCACCACGUCGUCAUUCUCAAUUGCUGGAGGCCCUAACUUUUCAAAUGGCUAUUCAUCUGGAAUUGGUUCCAGUCUUUCACAGGAUAAUAGCCUUAAUCCUUUAGUAAAGGACAUAGAAGAUGGGUAUAGUAAUUUCAGCAAUGGAACAAAAGAUGACAUCCAUGGAUUGACUGGGUUACAUAACCUGGGUAAUACAUGCUUCAUGAAUAGCGCCAUACAGUCCUUGGUCCAUACGCCUCCACUGGUGGAGUAUUUUUUGAAGGAGUACACUCAGGAGAUAAACACGGAAAAUCCGCUUGGGCUGCAGGGUGAACUUGCAGUAGCAUUUGCUGAACUACUGAGAAAACUUUGGUCCGCUGGUCGCACUUCUGUACCUCCACGUGCAUUUAAGUCAAAACUUUCUCGUUUUGCUCCUCAGUUUAGUGGAUAUAAUCAGCAUGAUUCUCAGGAGUUGCUUGCAUUUCUGUUGGAUGGUCUGCAUGAAGAUCUCAAUCGCGUGAAGAAGAAACCAUAUAUUGAAGCAAAGGAUGCUGAUGAUCGUCCUGAUGAAGAAUUCGCUGAAGAAUGCUGGAAUUACCAUAAAGCUCGAAAUGACUCCAUAAUAGUAGAUAAGUUCCAGGGGCAAUACAAGUCCACCUUAGUCUGUCCAGAAUGCAACAAAAUCUCUGUUACCUUUGACCCAUUCAUGUAUUUAUCGCUACCAUUACCCUCAACUGUUACUCGAAUGAUGACUGUGACUGUAUUUAGUGGUACUGGGGAUUCUCUUCCCAUGCCUUACACUGUUACAGUACCAAAGAAUGGAGUUUGCAGAGAUCUUUGUAAAGCCCUGAGUGAUGCGUGCUGCUUAAAAGAGUCCGAGACAUUGUUACUUGGAGAGGUAUAUGAUUAUCGGAUUUACCGUUAUUUCAGUCCAUUGGAGCUACUUCAUAUUAUAAAAGAUGGUGAUCAGCUUGUUGCUUAUAAGCUUCCUGCUGGCCAUGAAAAACUUUUGAGGAUUGAGAUCCUACAUCGGAAUGUGGAUAGCAUCGCAGGUCUGAUAGCCGUCCUAUAGAACUUUUGAGCUUUUGUGGGACCUUGCCAUGGAGGGUGUCAGAUGCUUGCGUCACUUCAUCCAACCCGCUUUGAUUCUAUGGCUAACAUCCUCAUCGAUACCACCGUUGCUUUGUAGCGUUGAUCCUAAAAGGAUUCAUAAAUGUUAUACAUAUCAGAAUUGGGUCUUCUAAAAGGUAAAAUAUUGGAUUCAACCGACUGAUUUGCUGAACGCAUCCGUCGUGUGCUGGGCCGUUUGAUCGCAAGCAGUACGGCCGCAUGAAAACUUAGGUGCAUGUGCGCGAUCCCUACUAGUACAGUACCGUCUACUAAUACUCCUACAUAAUUGGCUUUUUUAAUACUUCUAGUUCUAUGGUCGGAGCACAGUGGCUGGAAUGCUGUUGUACCUUCCUAGCUUAUGAGUGUGCUUUCUUCUCGCCUCAUGCCCAUGCGCUAGCCCGCUGAUGUGCUUUUUCCUUGGUGCUGCUGCAUUGUCGUCACUGCUGCUUGCCAGCGUUGCCACCCAGUCCAGCGCUGCCCUCGCAAUAGCGACACCGUCCUUUCUGUUAGAGGAGUUUGCGGCACCGGGGACCUCUACAACAACAGGUAAUGUUGCGAAUAACCGGCGAGCUGGCGGCGCUGUCCCCGUCCCCACAAUCAUCCUAUGGCUUAUGGAAAACACUUGUAAAUAGCCUGCUCAUAACUCGGCGAGGGUUGGCUGUCUCCGUGGCCGUUGGGUCUAAUUUUGAUCGGAUGGUACCCAGUGCAACUCCCUUCCAGGCGCAAGAAGCGAAUCUUUUCCCGAGUGCAAUGUGGGUCAUGUUACAACCAGCGAGCACAUGACUCAUAUUGCGAAUGGACGACCUUACCCGAGAGCAACAUGACUCAUGUUGUAAACGGGCUUAUGGUGUGGAGGACUUUUUUCCGAAGCAACAUGGGUCAUGUUGCAACCUAGGAAUGCAACAUGGCUCAUGUUGCAAACGGGUGUAGUGCAGUUGGGGUGUGGAGGACUGUUGCAACAUGAGUCCUGUUGCAACCUGCGAGCGCAACAUGGCUCAUGUUGUAAACGGGGGUUAGGGUGUGGAGGACUUUUUUCCAAAGCAACACAGGUCAUUUGUGCAACCUACGAGUGCAAAAUGGCUAAUGUUGCAAACGGGUUAGGGUGUAGAUGAUUUUUCCGGCUGCAACCUACGAGCGCAACAUGGCUCAUGUUGCAAAUGGGGGUCAGGGUGUGGACGAUUUUUUUCCGAACACAACACUGGUCAUGUUGCAACCUACAAACAUAACAUGGUUUAUGUCGCAAACGGGUCAGAUCAGGGUGGAUGCUCACGACCCGAGCGCAACAUGGUUCAUGUUGCAUCCAGUAGCGCAACAUGGCGGGUCACACUGAAUGACUGAAGCAACCACUUUAGACGGUUGUCGCGUAUGGGAUCCAAUGACUCUGGAGGCGUCUCAUUCGAUCCACGCACCAGCGUGUAGCAGACACCAUGUCUUGUCCGCCGCUCCUAUGGUAACGAUUUUUUUUGACAUGUUGUAAGCUUGUACUUGCGUUUGCUGCAAAUACAUGGGUGAAUGUUGCAAGUGUUUUGACUUCAUAUUUCAUAUGUUGGAUGUUUUUCUUGUCAAGAUUUUUGUUGCGAUCAAUGGUGAUUUGUUGUAUAGCUAAAUGGUUCAAAUCACCCGGUUGAUCCACGCCCAAGAUCCAUCAGGCAUUGAUGCAAGCUAGUCGCAACAUAUUACAGUGACAAUCAUAAUUGUUGCAAGUGGGACGAUGAGGUGUCAAGGACGAUCGCCCAUUGCUGCAAGACAAAAGGACGCCAGUACAAGAGUGGUGCUGUUGUUGCAAGACGACCGUCUCUAUAUUUUACUACUGCAAAGAUAUAGAUUAUCUCUAUUUUGGUGCAUACAUUUCUAUGAACGUUGACGACAAAGAUAGGCUCUAGGGGCCAUGCAGCAUGAGCAUGAAUGGCUUGAUACAUAACUAAAAUCUGGAAUUCUGGAUUGUAUGAGGUUGCUACAAUAUGAGCAGCUAGCUACGACCUGUAGUUGCUGUACCGAACAUACAUUAAACUAGUAUUGUGGGGCCCUGAUGCCCACUUGAUUUGUGAAACGGUGUGUCCCUGGCCUCAGCACCACAGCCAAAACGGUGCUCCGGGUUGACUAAUCAAAUAAUCAUAUGGCUUACAAAUUGAUUGAGUGGCCAUCGAGCCGGCUGAUCCCGUAUGAGUAUCAGCCGGCUGACGCUUGGUGCUCGCCCUUCUAAAAUGCCUACAUGCGGCUGGAGGCUGAUAACAGUGUUGAUUGUGCUUUCAGUCUCUUAUGGCCAAAAGACGUGUUGAGUCUUUACAUUAUGGUAGACUUACCGUACGGCUGCAUAUUUAGAAUGGGGUUAGGAAGAUUGAGAUGUGGAAGGGGUCCAAUGAUGCGGAGGGGGUGGCAGCACUCCGAUCUAACUCUGCAGUAGAGAGCACGAGAUUGGGAGUGGACAGGACAUAUUCUUCUACAUUUGGUUGUCAUGAAUGCCCUUAUGAUUUACGAUGUGCCACAGUAAAUGUUUUUUUUAAUGGUUUAUGCUUUGUGCUACACCACUGUACUUGAUAGAAUUUUCCUUUUGUAGUACUCCUCCGAUCCAAACAAAGUGUCGUGGCUUUAGUUCAAAUUUGAAGGGAGUAACAAUUUUAUGCAUUAUUUUUACUUGCAGAUAGCACAGAAAACUGAGAUCACCUAUACCUCAUUUUAUGUCUCAUCUUCUUUGAUGCUAUAUAUUUUUAUCAUUCUGUUACUAUGGAUAUGAGAAUUACUUUCCAAAUUAGGCUUAUGUUGGUAUGUGCUUGUUAAUUC